GAGUAAAUCUUUGAAUGAUGUCAGCGCAGAGGAGCUGCAGUCAUUGCGCAAAAUCCGUUAUGAGGAGCUACAAAGGAUAAAAGAACAGUUACAAGAACAAGAUCUAAAGUGGCAAGAAGAUCUAGCAAAAUGGAAGAAUCGUAGAAAGAGCUACACCUCUGAAUUGCAAAAGAAAAAGGAAGAGAGAGAAGAAAUAGAAAGGAGAGCCUCAGAGGUGUCUGAAAGGAGUACCAAGUCACUGAAAGAAAUGCAGCAGGAGAGGGAGGACAGAGAUAAAGACUCUUACAGGCAGCGAAAACAUGAACACAGAUGGAUGUAUUCACUGAGUGACGAUGUGUUUAGUGAAGAAAAAGCACCUUCCACACGGUCAGCAGCAAAAGAUUACCUUUUGGAAGAAGAUACCUCCUACAACACUAAGGACAGCAGAAGUGCAUAUGCCACCCAACCGCACAAGGAGAACCUGCCGGAGAGCUCAACUGCUCGUGAAGCUCCUACUCUGCCAAAGAGCCGGGCAGAGGAGCAGAGCUCGGCUCUUUUGUCUACUCGCUACUCGGUGAAUGCUCAAACUGGGUCAGCUCAGGUUUCAGCUUCUCUCCCGAGAAGUUACCAGAAAGCUGAUACCUCUAGGUUAACAUCUGUGGUUACACCAAGACCUUUUGGUGUCCAGUCAAGAGGAAUCUCAUCACUUCCACGGUCGUUCACGAUGGAUGAUACCCAGAAAUACAACGGAGAAGUAGAAAAAGCUAAAAGAACUCAAACUUUGGUCACUAGCAGUUCGUUUUCACAACCAGACUCUGCACAAACUCUCUCCACUAGUGCAUUCAGAAGCAGAGGUGAGGAGGAAGAGGAGGAGGAAAAAGAAGGUGUUCAGUCAACACCUCCUCCUAGUUUGGCAUUACCUGUAAAAUCCCAAGACCAAGAUGCUGGAAGUAGUAUUCUUAAACCAGAGUAUUGCUCUCCUCCUGAUUCUCUUUCACUUGCAUCUUCUGCAGAAAAUGUGAGUCUGCCAGAGCCUGAGGAUUCAAAAUCCCUGGAACAGUACAGUGAAAUGAGAAUCAGUAUGAACCAGAGGCCUGGCCACAGUCGCAGCUUUGGGUUUACAACAAAUUGGAGUUCUUCAGGGGCCUUUGUACAGACGGUUGAAGAAGGUAGCCCUGCAGCACUUUGUCAGCUGCAUGUAGAUGAUGAGAUCAUUGCUAUCAACAGCACAAAGGUUUCACGUAUGGACUAUAGUCAGUGGGAAGAAGCCAUCAGCAGAGCACUAGAAACUGGAAACCUGGUCAUGGAUGUCAGACGAUAUGGAAAGAAUGACUGGGGCAAAGACCAGCCUUCCCUACCACAUGUAAGGCAUAAAAUCCUCAAUCUCACCAGUAUGGCUACCGACAUUAUAGGUACAUCUGAAAAUAAAUGGAUUGAUGCAACUUCUGGAGAACACGUUUCAAAUGUUUCCACCAUAUCAACAAAAAGAGAUUUCUCCAGCAGCCUUCGAACUUCUGAGACAGAAACAAAGUUGAUAAAUGGAAUGCAAGGAGAUCUUGGCUAUAGUGAGCAGAGAGCAUCUGAACCUAUUUCCUUGAAAAACUUAAAAAGACGGUCAGAAUUUUUUGAACAAGGAGGCCCAGAGCCUGCAAUGCUUGAUCUCCCAGUCCCAUCCAUUACAGCUCCUAGUCGUCGGGUUUGGGAUCAAGAAGAAGAACGAAAAAGACAGGAAAAAUGGCAAAAGGAGCAGGACCGUUUGUUGCAGGAGAAAUACAAACGGGAACAAGAAAAACUGAGGGAAGAAUGGCUACGAGCUAAGCAAGAAGCAGAAAAAGAAAGCUCCAAGUAUUUUGAUGAGGAGCAGACUGUUCUAACCUUAAACACAACAUCUGUCACUGCACGGGCUCCAUCAGUGUCCAGCUGGAGAGCAAGCCCUGAAGUGAGUACUCCUGAGGAGCCAGAAGGAGAUGGAGGAAGUGAGCUGGCAGCACACUUGCUGGAUGAGGAAGAAGAAAGAAGGAGGCUUCAGGAGGAACGAAGGAUCCAGGAAGAAGCAGCCCUGCGUUUUGAGCAAGAAAGGGAACUCCAGGAGCUGCAGCUUGAGAGACAACGUAAAGAGAGGGAACAGCAAUAUGCUGAGGAGCAGAGGCGGCAGGCAGAAAUGGAGGGGCAGAGGCGGCAGGCUGAAAGGCAGAGGGAGGCGUCGGUGGAGAUACCUCAGUACCAAAGACAUUAUGAGCGCUAUGAAGUAUCUAAAACAAUAGAGGAUCGAGCUGGCUAUCCUCUCAUUGACAGGCAUUAUGAGCGUUAUGAAGUUUCUAAAACCAUCGAGGAGCAGCCUGGUCAGUCAUUUGCUGACAAGAAUAAGUCCAAGUCGACUUCAGAACUGAAUGAAUUCAACACAGUCAGAAAUGGUACUCAGAGCAAGUAUUCAGAGAGGUCCUGGAAUACAGGUGAUUCGCAGAAGAAGUCUCAAAAGGAGCAAAACCUGUCUGCGGCAGAGUUGGAGAGACAGCAAAUCCUUCAGGAAAUGAGAAAGAAAACUUCUCUACACACGGACAGCAGCUGGAUAAGGCAGCGCAGUUCCAGUGUACAUAAGGAGCCCAUUAGUCUGUACAGCAAUAGUAUGAGGAGAGGGGAGUCUUUGGACAAUCUUGAUUCUUCAAGAACGAGCUCAUGGAGGCACCACUCACGGUUGAACCAGUCUGCGUCCUCUUCAUCUUUGUCCUCUACUCAAGAUUUCAGUCGCCCGGUGUCCACUUCAAACCGAGCCUACAUGUGCACUCCUUCCUCCAGCAAAGCACCUCCUGCCGCAACCUCUGUGAGAGCCCCCUCCGUGUCCCAGACAGCCCCCCGGGCUCAGUCUCCCCUCUCUGCCUCCCAGCCAGGGUCCCAGACACGCAGCAGGUCAGUCAGUGGGAAGAAAAUCUGUUCAUACUGUAAUAACGUUCUGGGCAAAGGAGCAGCCAUGAUCAUUGAGUCUCUUGGUCUUUGUUAUCAUUUACAUUGCUUUAAGUGUGUUGCCUGUGGAUGUGACCUUGGGGGAUCCCGUGCUGGAGCUGAAGUCAGGAUCCGAAACAACAAACUCUUCUGCAACGACUGCUAUAUCAGAUUUAAAACUGGACAACCAACCUCCAUGUGAAGCAAAUGAAGAUAUGAAACCACUGUUGCAGAUAAAAGAAGAGGUGAUUGAUGCUGCUGUAGAUCUAUAAAUAUAUAUAUUGUGUGUAUGUGUGUUUUUUCUAAGAGUAACUCUUGCUUGUCUAGCCUUCAUAGCAAUGCAUUGUAUUCUUCAUAUAACUAUUUUUAUUUAUAAGAAAGUAAUUGCAGUAAGGAAAUAUCUGGGGAAAAUGCUUUCACUUUUUCAGCUUCAAGUGCUGAGAGCACAAGGGAGAAUAAGUAUAUUUUCAGUAAUAACUUCAAAAUAUUUUUGAGGCUUAUAAUCAACUAGUUGACUUUCCAAUGGUAUAUGAAGAGGGUAUUUUGUUUCUAAGCUCUUGAAAUGAGCAUUAGAGAAAUAGUUAAUAUAAAUAUAUAUUUGCAAUUGCUGUCUUUAUUUUUGACAUAUACUGAAAGUGAAUUCUCUAGAUUAAUAUGAAGCUGCAUUUACAUGCACACAAAUGUGUUUGCUUUCCAUAUGCUGGUUUCUAAAAUUAUGUGCUUUUUUGAAACUUAAACACAAAGAAUAAUCUGUUUGCUCAGUGGUGCUGACAUAAUAUUCUGUGUAAUCCAUUUAAGGGGAAGAGUUCUCUUCCCAUUUGGAAAAUGUAACUAUCACUUUUUCCUCCACAAACUGAGUGGAGAAUGGUUGUUGAAUUGCAGUAUAUUUGUAAAUAAAAUUUCUGAUGUUGCAUUUA